AUGAUAUCCAGGCGAACUCCAGCAAAAGUGCGCGCGGCGUACACCCAAGGCUCCCUUCGAACUCCUAGCCAUGGGUUCUUGAAAUCCUCACCGUUACAGAGCUGCAGAUUUCAAAACCGAAGAGCUCUCUCGACAGCAUCAUCUCACAAGACACCAGGCCUUCUAUUAGCCAACCACCCACAAGCAUCGGGCGACCUCGCACAUUCAUCACGCGGCAAUAGUAAACGAUGCAACUCCUCGGUGGUCGAUCCCCCACCUCCGUCUCAAAAAGAAGAAUUAUACCGACUCCUCGAUAAGAUAUACACCCAGCAUGAAGAAUUGGUUCAGCAACUUGACGAACUCGAACUUGAGGAUUUACCUCAAUCGGCAACAGCAGAAGACCUAGACCUGCUAAAAUCUAUCGGUUCGAUUGUUGGAUACCGGAGUCAGGAGGCAUUGGACGCUAGUGUUAGAGCAGCAUGGGAGCAAUAUGGCGUGUACUUACCACCUGAUGAGCUACACGAAGACGGACUCAAGCUAUACAGACGUUUAUACGGAGAGCCGGUAUUCACAAAACCGGGAGACCAGAGAGAGGAUGACCAGAUAUUUCGAGAAGGCAAGGAUGGCGAAUGGAUAGAAGUGGAGAUGGGACGGGAUCAUCAACGUGCUGAGGCGCAAGUUCCAAAAAGUGAGCAUUUGGUGCUUGAACCUGAGGAAGAUGAUGGUGAGCUAGCUAUCCAAGGAGCGGAUAAGUCUCGCCAAGUAGCAGCAAAUCGUGCGGCAGAGUUAUUCACCGAAACCCCGACAUUCGACAGCGAAGACCCCUACGUUCGAUCACAUUUCCUCGCAGACGAGGGUAAAUUUGGAACUACCCCGAGUAGCGUUACACUUCCUGUAUCCACUAUGGCGAGGCCCAUCACUCAAAUGAACGCCGCAUUUCCAAAUAAACACAUAUCCGAAACCGCCCAUAGAAUAUUCGGAGGAAGCGAACUGCCGGACGCCAUUAGUGUACAAAAAGGUGUACCAAGAAAUCCAAUUCCUUUUGCCGCUUCACAUAAGAACAUGGGUCAAAUAGAGAGCGCUCUGUUCAUGUCCGUCCUAUAUCCUGGAAUUUACGCGUCGGUUCUAAGUGCCCUGGUGGAGGCUCGGAAAAGGCUUGGGACAAAAUGGAUCCGUAACCUUAUGUGCAAAGAAGGGGGACCAAGCAUCCUUGACGCAGGCGGUGCUGGUGCCGGCGUAUUUGCAUGGAGAGAAAUUUUGGCAUCGGAAUGGUCACUGAUGUACCCGAAUCACCCAGAGGGCACCUUGCCAAUGGGCAAAUCCACCGUCUUAGUGGGGUCUGAUGCGUUGCGCCAUCGCAUCAGCAGCAUUCUAGAAAACACCACAUUCCUCCCACGGUUACCUGACUAUCUACGUCUCAAAGGAGAAUCGUCUCUGGGUCCUAACAAACCUGGAAAUCGAAAAAAUUUCGAUAUAAUAGUUGCCCCUCAUGCGUUGUUGCAUUUCCAAGAGGAUUACCAACGGAGAGAUUACGUUCAAAAUCUCUGGGCAAUGUUAAACCCCGAAGGUGGUAUUCUUAUACUUCUUGAAAAGGGCCAUAAGGACGGUUUUGCGGCUAUUGCGGGGGCCAGAGCGAUGAUACUCGAGCGACUAGUAACUUCUCCCGAGACGGCAGACUCUGUUGAUGCGAACGAAGAGGCACUGGAGGGCUUGGUUGAGAAAAGCAAAGGCAUGAUAAUUGCACCAUGCACUACGCAUUCCAAGUGCCCUAUGUACAUCGACGCUGGAAGAGAGAAACGGCCGAGAGAGAUUUGCCGAUUUGCACAACGUUAUGUUCGGCCGCAUGUCUUGCAGCGUAUCUUGGGAAACCCAUCUCAUAACCAUGAAGAUGCAGAGUUCAGCUACCUUGCUGUUCAGCGUGGUGUUGAUUUGAGAGAAACUAAAGGCGUGGCCCAAGGUGAAAUCGCGACAAAUGCCGCAUUCGCUGGCCAUGAAAAUGCCGUCGACAUGGGAGAAACCAACCAGGAGGCCACCCACUCUCUCUCAUGGCCACGACUCAUUCUACCUCCUAUUAAACGAAAAGGCCACGUCUCGAUGGAUGUGUGUACCCCUGAGGGCAAAAUAGAGCGCUGGACUGUCCCCCGUUCGUUUAGCAAGCAAGCAUAUCGAGAUGCUCGCAAAUCCGCAUGGGGAGAUCUAUGGGCACUAGGCGCCAAAACCCGUAUUCAUCGUCCAGCCCGCAGCCGUUAUGCAGACGAAGCUGCUCCUACAAAAACCAAACAGAUCAAACCACGCACAGAGCGAAGGCGGAAACGUGGCAAGCUUGAUGAAGACGAGGAGGAACCUGUUUUGGAUGAGGAAGAAGAGACGGAUAAACUCGCCGAGAGGGUAUUGGAUUACCAAGACCGUCGAAUAGACCCGAAAUCGAAGAAAGCGAACAAGGUGCCGAGGUGGGCUAGGCAGAUGAAGGUUAAGCGCGACCGCAAAAUCGGCAAACAAGCUGGCAAUGUGUAG